UAAGCAGGAGACUAGAAACUCUGCUGCUGAAGCACAGCCUCGCCACGCUGCACAGUCUGCCUUUCCGGAACGUUCUUUUGAACAGGUAUCCGCAGAUCCCACUCUGAUUACAUCCUGCUGUCCUCUCAUCUUCUCCCCACUGAAGCGCUUUCAGAGCAGUCUAGCUCCAAGGCUUUAGAACACCGGCUUUCAGAACCGCUUGACCUAUUUCUGGUUGACAGAACCGAGAGAGGUUCCUGCAUCGACAGCGUUUGUCUUCUCCGCCUGACGGGGAGAUUUUGACAGAGCCGCAAACAAGAGGAACUGCAGAUACUGAAGAAAGAGGAAGGCCACUCUGUGAAAAGGACUGCAAAGAACAACUGAUAUAGACCGAUAGGCAGAGGAGAGGACUUUGUGUGUGUGUGGGUCUCUUUUAUAUUCGCCUCACACACACACACACACACACGAGAGGUGGCUACCACAGAGCCUCUCUCUCACCAUCCACCAGCGUCUCUCGCUCUCAGAGCAGGCUUCUCGUUCCUCACCGGGGCUCAGUACCCGUUGGGUCACUCACGCUGGGGAAGGCAAACAGGCCCGCUCCUCGCGCCCGGCCCAGCUGCCCGCUGCGAACGGUCCAGCACCUGCUGCUGCGCAAGAUCGGCCUGCGUCAUACCUCCGCUGCCGCCACCGCCGCCAGCACUACAUCUCCCAGCAUGCAUCUGAAGAGCAUGAAGUGCAACCGCUUCUGUCUGAUCGCCUCGCUGGAAGACCCUGACAUGUUCAACCAGCCCCAGGCCCGGGCGAGCUUUGAGGAGCUCUUCCGCUCCUUCGACCCCGAGGCCACCUUCCAGUUCUUCAAGAGCUUCCGGCGCGUGCGCAUCAACUUCAGCGAUGCCCUGGCCGCCGCCGAGGCCCGCGCUGCCCUCCACAAGAGCGACUUCCAUGGCAAGGAGGUGCGACUCUACUUCGCCCAGUCUGUGCAUAUAGGUAGCCCGCGGCUGGAGCCUCCCAAGCCAGAUAAGCAGUUCCUGCUGUCCCCUCCUCCGUCUCCCCCUGUCGGCUGGGAACAAGCACAGGACGCCACGCCCGUCAUCAACUAUGAGCUGCUCUGCGCCAUCGCCAAACUCGGACCAGGUGAGAAGUACGAACUGCACACCGGCACCCCCACAACACCCAGCGUGGUCGUGCACGUGUGCGAGAGCGAGCAGGACAGCUCUGGUGGCGAGGACGAGACGGACGCCGCCCGACGCCCGCGACCCAAGAUCAUCCAGACGCGCCGGCCCGACUACCCCGACUACCCCGUAACGCAGUGAACAGCGGGCGACCAAUCACAUCGCACCGAUCUCUCUGCUUUACGGUCACGGGGGAAGGGGGCCCUGAAGGGGGGUGGGCGGGAGGACGGGAGGACUGACGGCCUGACAUGGCGUGCAGUUGGUCCUCCUCGCCACUAGGUGGCCCAGAGUUCAGCUCUCCCUGUGUUGGGGAAUGGGGCACACUGUACAUCUCCACCAUUUCACAGCUCGGGACUGGGAGGGCGAAUGGGUGGGGUCUUCAUUGCAUGCAUUUAGUGGAAGACGGGAUCAGCUUAGAGGGUUAAUUGAAAGAUUAGGUUUUUGAUCUGGGUAUGGUGGAUAUGUCUUGUGUCAUGGAAUCUUUAAUGUUAUUAUUUUUUUCCUUGUACAUGUAUUUUGUUUUUCUUUGGGGAGCAUGUUGUAUCCCCAUACAGUGGUGUGGUUAUGAAAUUACAGUUUGUUAUAUAACAUUGUGUCCUUUUUUUUUUUCAUUGGUUACAAAAGCUGUAGGUAACAACCUGACUGACUCCUACACAUGUACCUUGGCGAGUUUACACCAAUAAGAUGCUGGAAAUGGUGCAAUUUCAGACUGUGUUUAUCCACUUAUGUUCAUGCACAUAGACAAGUAAAAAUGCCAGAGAAGGUAAUUUUGUCUGAAUUCAUCUGCUUCUAAUAAUAUCUUUUGCCAUGAUAAUGUCUGCUUUUUGAGCUAUUUGAUGUGCAGAAGAAAACUAAGUGAAGAACUGCAGACUGUUUAAGACCCAUGAAGUGUCUUAAGGUCUCUCUUUGCCAUUGUGCCACAUCGAGUGCUAAGUGUAUAGAUUUCUCAUCUUUUCUAUGGCCUGUCUCCAUUUAUCACAAUGUAUGUUAACUCGGACAUGUAAGUUUGACUUUUUUUUUUCCUUUUUUUUUUUACAAAUAUGAAAAAAAAAACAUGCGUGCGUGCGUGCCUGAAAUAUAAUGUUUAUCUGUUAGUGCUCUGCCUGACAAAAACGAACAUCUACUGACAUGACGAGAUCUCUUCAGCCCGCACACCUCAAUUUACUUUGGAGGCACUCUGCGAGGUGUAUGCUUUGUGAGAGAAGUGUCUUUGCCAUACUUAAUUCGCAAUAUGUAAAACCUUGCAUCAGUCCUGGGGAGUUUCAUGUAUUAAAAGCGAAUUAAUCUACGCACUCUGAGGGCUGAAACCAGGAUCUAUUAUAAAUGCACGUUUGUAUAUAUCAGAGUGUAUGUAUGUAUGUAUGUAUGUGUUUAAAGCCUUUUGUAUACUGUUCUUAACAUUCAGUUUCAAGAAAAAAAGAACAAAUAAAUCCAUAAACAAGAAUAACGCAUUGAUUUGGUGAUGUGCAGUACACUACAUGGUGUAUCCAAGCAAGAUUAUGAUCAAAUGCAACUAAGACUCACACAAUAAACUCCAUAAAAUCACA